GCCAUCGCGCCAGCCAGCCUCAAAAGCAGAGCGGUUAUAUGACUUUGCAGAGUGUUUAAAAUUUUUUCCACUUUUUCCCUGUGUUUUGCCAGCAGCGACGAAAACAAUGUGACGACGCCGUGAACGUGUGAUGCAAAACAUGCGCGUGACGGAGCUGUCAACAACUGCGCAUCGUUCAAAACCGUGAAGUCUAAUUUUUCUUCUUCUUCCUCUUCUUCCAAGUUAGUCUUUUUUCCAUGUCUGCUGGACAAAUUAAAUAGCCUAACUAGACCUUGAAGUUUGAAAGCUGCAGUCAACGUGUGUUACAGGUCAAUAAAACGCUCCAGGCAUGACCUCGGCCACCCCGCCUUCCUCAGAAGGCUCCUCCCCUCAGAAGGUGUGCCACUCCCAGACACAGACUGAUGUCACCAAGCCCCUGCUGGGGGCCUCAGGUGGGUCCGGGUCAGGAGGAGGAGCCGCAGCCGGAGGGCCUGGUGCUCUGCGAAGGAGGCGACGCGUCCUCUCCAAAGAUGGACGAAGCAAUGUGCGCCUCGAGCAUGUGAGCGGACGUGGGGCGCUCUACCUCCGUGACCUCUGGACGACCUUCUUGGACAUGCAGUGGCGCUACAAGCUCUUUCUGUUUUCGGCCACCUUUGCUGGGACGUGGUUCCUGUUUGGGGUGCUUUGGUACCUGGUGGCACUGGUGCAUGGAGAUCUACUGGAGUUUGACCCCCCCUCCAACCAUACACCCUGUGUGAUGGAGGUCAAGACCCUGACUGGAGCCUUCCUCUUCUCUCUGGAGUCUCAGACCACAAUUGGCUACGGGUUCCGCUGCAUCACAGAGGAGUGUCCAGUUGCCAUCGUCCUCCUCAUCCUUCAGCUGGUCAUCACCAUGGUGAUGGAGAUCUUCAUCACCGGGACCUUCCUUGCAAAGGUUGCACGUCCCAAGAAGAGAGGUGAGACAGUGAAGUUUAGUCAGCAUGCUGUGGUGUCCAAUCACGAAGGGCGACUCUGUCUCAUGAUCCGAGUGGCCAACAUGCGCAAAAGCCUCCUGCUAGGAUGUCAGGUUACGGGGAAGUUGCUUCAGACGUCACUGACAAAGGAGGGUGAGACGGUACGACUGGACCAGAGGAAUGUGCCGUUCCAGGUUGACACGUCCAGUGACAGCCCCUUCCUCAUCAUCCCCCUCACCUUCUACCACAUUAUUGACGACAGUAGCCCUCUCAGAGCCUGGGCCGCCAAAGGUGGCGGCUGGACAGACCCUGAGCUAGCUGACUUUGAACUGCUGGUGAUCAUGAGCGCCACGGUGGAGCCGACCUCCGCCACCUGCCAGGUCCGAACCUCCUAUCUUCCAGACGAGAUCCUCUGGGGCUACGAGUUCCCGCCUGUCGUGUCCCUGUCCCCCUCAGGAAAAUACGUGGCCGACUUUGCCUUCUUCGACAAGGUGGCCAAAACCAAAACCCCGCCCCUUUUCAAGCAGGCAUCUCCAGAGAAGAUGCUGUUGGAGGAGAGCUACAGGGGCGAGCAGAGGGGGCGGGACAGGGGGCGAGUGAGAGAUAGCAGCCCGCUGAGUGUGCGCAUUAGCAACGUGUGAGGAGAGGGAGAGAGAGAGAGAGAAGCAGAGUCGAUGUAAUGAAAGUAAGAUGAGGGAACAAAAAAA